GCGGUAAAUACUAAAAUCGAAAGUGGCUAAAUUCCAAAGCAAUAACGAUUUAUAAAAUGCUUAGUCGUCUUAUUGCUUUAUUUACUGGUGGAAUGAAGGCGUAUAAAGUCCAAGAUUUGAAAAGAACAGCGAGAUAUGGAAUAACGGCAAAGAAUUUUAAAGAAUUUUUGAAAAAGGGGGCAGAAAAAUUAAAGAUACCAGAAGAUGAAGUAACUAUUGUACUUGAAGAUGAUGGUACUCUGGUUGAUUCUGAUGCCUUUCUGAAAACACUUCCCACUCAAACAGUUUUUGUAUUUUUGCGUAAUGGAGAACAGUGGAAAGGAGCUGGUGCCUUAAUACAUGAUGCCUUACAGAAAUUAUUAAACUGUACUAGGAAGAAUCAGUUAGCUGAACAGAUUCGUGAGUUUAUGGAAGAUGAUGAUUCACCUAGUAAAAUUCAUGUUAUGUCUAGUUAUCUAGAAAUGUUAGGCACUGAUAUUAAAUCUGAACAAAGAUAUGAAAAUGAAGAGUGGUUUGAAGGUAUAAACAAGAAAUAUAAGACGAAGAGUGAUCUCAUGAAGAAUAGUGCACAGACACGUAUUAGAAGUUAUUACACUACGGCUAAAGAUCAGAUUGAAAAAGAGGCUAAAGGUCAUACCAAGGAAGUUUUAUUAGAUUUACUCCAAGAACUUACUGAAAAAUUGAAAGCCAAUGAUUUUCAUGGUCAUUAUUUUGAUCGGACAGCCAAAGCUGGAAAAAGACUGUGUGACAGGGAGGGCUGGUUCCGUUGUCAAGGUGCUUUUGAUGUAAAUAAAUGUGAAUUAUUACAUACUAUCAAUCCCUACGCCUCCCGUGGUUACAGGCAGUUAUUUGGUUUGUGGAAUUUGGAUCAUAUAAUCGAAAAAUCAAGAGAAGUUAUUCCUACUUUAAUAGAGGCAGCCAAACAGAAACCAAAAGAUAAACAUAUCGACUGGAAAUAUGUCUAUAAGCUUCUGUUCACAGCAUCUAAUCUAAAAUUAGUUCAAAUCGCAUGUCAUAAAAAAUCUGCUCGAGAAGGAACAUUGAAAUGGCAGGAUUUCUGUCAAUAAUGAUACCAGCUGUGGAAUAACUAAAAGUUAUAAACUAUUGUUUAAUGUCAUAAAGAAUCAAGAGUAAGAGACUGUUUGUUUCAGUGUGAUCUUGACUAAGAUUUAGUUCUUGUAAAAUGUUUCUCUGAACAAAACAGGAUAAACCUUUGCUGAAUGUGAUCAGUUAUCAAGAUUAAGCGACUGUUUCUUUCAGUGCAAUCUUGAUUAGGGUUUAGCUCUGUGAUGAACCAAAUUAAGCUGUUAUCAUAAAGUAACCAGCUGAUGCUAAAUGACAUAAAGUAUCUACUGUACAUUUAGCAUCAGACAUUGUUUGUUUCAGAGUGAUCUGGAUCAGGUUUUGUCUCUGUAGAGAACGAAGUUAAGCUGUUAUUAAAUGUCAUCCAAGAUCACGAGUAAGAUACUGUGUCAGUGUGAUCUUGAUUAGGGUUUGACUAAAUUAAACUGUUGCUAAAUAAAGGGCCUUAUGUAAGAGACUGUGAUCUGGACUAGGGUUGUACCCUUAUGCUGCAUCAAAUUCAAUAUAGUGUUCCUCAUAAUGACAGUAUUUAUACAUUUUUUUAAGAACAGACUGACUUUCAAGAGAGCAUAAGACAGAUAAAACAUAUCAUUUGUGAGGUAGAAAGCAUUUUUUGUACGUUCUUCAAUCAGUGGUUUCACUAUGAUUUCUGUCAUUUUUGAUACUAGAUUUUAAAAAAGAAUUCCAUAAAAUUGUUUAUUUUCCCCUGAAAGUCUAGUGUAAAAUAUGAAUGGGAAUAAUUUUUUUAAAUUUGGUGCUUAUAAUCAUCCAGGUACUUCAGGACAACCCCAAAAAUAUAAAAAUUUGGAUGCUGUGUGAUUAUUGACCAAUUUAUCAUCUUAGUUUAAACUCAACCUUUGAUACUUAUGAAGGUCAUGAUGAUGAUGUCCUUAUUUCGAAAAUCAAAGAUUAAAAAUCUGGGUUUUUUUUGUGGUGCUAAUAUAUAUAUGAAUGAUGAUAUCCUUAUUUUGAAAAUCAAAGGUUAAAUUUUUUUUUUUUGUGGUGCUAAUAUAAACUCUUAAAAAAGAAAUUGGGGAUAUUGAAAUGCAAAUACCUAUGCAGGUUGCGAUAUGAUAAAUAGCCAUGGACAUUUGACAUGCUUUUAGAGUAUGUUCACAAAUGAAGAACUUAUCGUCCCAAUAGAACCACUCAGCUGCAUAUGUGACACGCAAUAGCACCAUACACGUGAGAGGGGUUCAUUGUCAAAUUUGACACUUCAAGGAAGGGUUGAUGAAAACUGCCGCGUGCUGGUUUAUCUAUCCAUGUUUGCUUUUCUAUCGGUUCUUGCAUAAGAUUUACUGUUUAGCGUAUCUUUGCUUUAGUGUGUUAUGUUUAAUUUGAUUGGAGAUGUGUUCGUCGACGUCAACGUCAACCGACAACACUGCAAGAAUUGGCCGUGGCACUGCAAGAGGAGUGGGUCAGAUUGCCCCAAAUCGUGAUUGGACGGUUGAUUAGGAGCAUGCCACGACGAAUGGCUGAAUGUCUGAGAAUUGGUGGAGCAAUUACUCAUUAUUAAGACAAAAAUCAAAAACGUCCAUUUUCACUUUUGACGGUGUAUCUCUUUGCGAGUGAAAUGGAGCCAUCAGAUAAGCAGCCCAUAUGAACUGUUUAUGUUCAUGUGUAGGCAAUUGGCCUGUUAUUAAAAUACACUGGUUACCUCUAAUAAUAACAGCAGUGCAUUUCCGCAGUUUUGUUUUGUUUCUGGAUAUCCCCUACUUUUUUUGAAGAGUAUAUAUAUAUAUGAAUGAUUUGGGAAUUUUGUGUGUGGCUUUAAUUAAGUUUAACCUUACCAAAGUCGACCAUGGACUUUAAAAGUAAAUGUAGUGUGAUUAUGAAACUUUGAUAUGAAAUUUACUGUAUGUUAGUCAGAAAAUGACUAAAGUAUUAUGUUGGUGAAAUGUUAAGUACCAUUCCAAUAUAAAACUUACUUAGCAUCGAACCUUACAAACAAUCUGUAUUAAUUGUAUGUAUUUUUAUAUGAUCUCUGUUAUGUAUAUUCAACUGGAAUCCAGAUCUAUAAUAUAUGUACAUCAUAUUAAUUGUUGUUGCUAUAUACCAGUAUAAAAAUAUACAUUUUUAUAUUAAUAAAUGUUAAAGAUGUUUGCCAUAUUUUAUAUUUCAUGUAUUAUGUACAAACCAGUAGCACAUGCUGUAGUAAUAGGUCCUCUUUGGGACCUUAAGCUGCACAUGACUGUAGGUGAAUAUGAAUUAAGACAGUCAAGAACCAUUGUUUUAUAUGGUAUGGGUCAAGUUACUCAAGUACCAUAAAUUUUAUAUAUAAUAUGGUAUGUGUCAAGUACCAUAAUUACUUGUAAGGUAUGGGCCAAGUACGAUAAUUUCUUAUAUGGUAUGGGCCAUGUACCAUAAUUACUUGUAUGUUAUGGGUCAAGUACCAUAUGAAGUACUAUAAUUUCUUAUAUGGUAUUGGCCAUAAUUACCCGCAUGGUAUGGGUCAAAUACCAUAUCAAAUACCAUAAUUUCAUAUACAUGUAUUGUAUAGUAUUGGUCAAGUACCAUGAUUUAUUCUAUGUUAUGGGUCAAGUUCCAUAAUUUAUUCUAUGUUAUGGGUCAAGUACCAUAUCAAGUACCAUAAUUUCUUAUAUGGUAUGGGUCAAGUACCAUAAUUUCUUGUAUGGUGUGGGUCAAAUACCAUGUAAUUUCUUAUGGUAUGGAUCAAGUACCAUAAUUUCUUAUGGGACGGAUCAAGUACCAUAAUUUUUGUUAUGGUAUGGGUCAAGUACCAUAAUUUCUUAUAUGACGAUUAUGUUAUACUAGUACGACAUAGUAUGUUGAUGUAUUCAUAAUAUAAUCAGUUAAAUUUAAGUAAAGUUGCUGUACUGCCCGAAUUAUUUUAUCCAUUGAAUUAACUUAGAAUACUCAUUUUAAUGAAGUUUAUUGUUUUAGCAACAAAAAUAUUUUUUCUGGCAGCUUGGUUAUAUUUUUCUAUAUGGAUUGUUUGAAUCUUGAAGGGCUAUACCUUUUAUUGACAGUUAUGUUAUUUAUAAAAACUUGAAUAUUUAAGUUAAUAGUAAUUGAAUGUUGCAACUUUGGAUAGAAAUGAAGUUAUCUUUUCGCUGUA